AUGGGUAUUUUAUUUCAAAAUAAUAAAAUUACAUUUAAAAAAUUGUUCUUUUUUUUAAAUAUAUUUUAUUUUUUUUCUACAUUAAUAUAUUCCUAUGAUGGAAAUAAUCAAACAUAUGAUGACUUUUCAAAUUACAAUACAUAUUCUUUAAAUACACAAUCACAUUUUUCUAGUUACCCACAAUAUUCACAAUCAUCCAGUAAUAAUUGUAAUUUACCACAACAAAUAGGAACAGGACCAUAUAGAAUUCCUCGUUGGUAUUACAAUCCAACACGACAACGUUGUGAACUUUUUUAUUGGUCUGGAUGUUGUGGAAAUAAUAACAAUUUUCAAUCUUUUCAAUCAUGUCAAACAACCUGUGAAGGAUCUAUCUCUAUGCCAACAUCCUAUUUAUCACCUUUGCUUAUACAAAAUGUUUUUUCACAAAAAUCUGGUUAUCAUAUUCCUCAAUCAUCAAAUGGAUAUCAAAUUAGUACACCUACUUAUACAGCAACACAUUUAUCUAAUGUACCUGUUGUUACUAUUACAAUGCCACCCAAACGAGUACUUAAUUCUAAUCCCUGUAAUCAACCAUACUCUCCUGGAUAUGGAGAUGAACAACUUCCAAGAUGGUUUUAUUUACCAUCUGCCAAUACAUGUUUAAAAUUUUUUUAUUAUGGUAAAGGUGGUGAUCAAAAUAAUUUUGAAAGUGAAGCUGUAUGUAGAAGUAGGUGUAUCAAAAAUAAUGGAAAUAAAAUAAAUGUUAAUAUAAAUAUUAAUCAUGGUAGUAACAAUAAUUUACCAUAUCAAGUUAAUAAUGUUCUCAAAACUAUUGCCACAACAACGACUACCACGACACCAGUACCAAUUAUUGUUGUUACAAUAAGAAAUAAUAAUCAAAAAAUUAAUAAUAAUAAUAAUAAUAAUAAUAAUAACGAAAAAUUACAAGAAUCACCAAAUCCUUGUGCUAAUGGACCAUCUAUUGGCAUUGAAUCAUUGACUCGUUGUACCAGUAAUUCUCAAUGUAACUCAGAUCAAUUUUGUCAUUUUGGUGGAUCAUCUCAAACUACAGUAUGUUGUAAUAAACCUAUUAUUAUUGAUAUUUGUUCACAACCACUUAAUACUGGUGUUGGGACGGCAAAUUUACAACGUUGGUAUUAUAAUAGAAAUACAGGGCAAUGCCAAAGUUGUCUAUACAGAGGUUUACAGGGAAAUCAAAAUAAUUUUUUAACAAAAUCUUCCUGUGAAAAUGUUUGCCUUAUCAAUCCAUGUAAAAGUGGUUUUCCAUAUAAAUCUGGUGGAAGUAAUGUUCAAUGUAAUGUAAAUAAUCAAAAUGUAUGCCCUUCUGGUUAUUAUUGUCAUAUUGGAGCAACACCUCAAACAUCAGUUUGUUGUCAAGCUUUAGCUUCAACACCAUGUACUGCUCCCUUAUCAUCUGGAGAAGGGAUCUAUAAUAUAGAAAGAUUUUAUUUUAAUAAUAGUCAACAAAAGUGUGAAACUUUUAUUUACCAUGGUAGUAAAGGAGAUUCAAAUAAUUUUGUUUCUAAAGAACAAUGUGAAUCAACAUGUUCACGUUAUAUAAAUCCAUGUAUGAAUGGUCAACCAUUAAUGGAAAAUGAUUUAAUACCAAAAAAAUGUAUGAUUAAUGGAAAAUGUCCAGAUAAUUAUUAUUGUCAUUAUGGUGGUUCUGAUGUAACAACAGUUUGUUGUCCUAAAAAAUUUAAUAAUCCUUGUCAAGAUUCUUUAACAGAAGGUGAAGGUAAUUUAAUAUUAAAAAGAUGGUAUUAUAAUUCAAAAGAUAAAAAAUGUUACAUGUUUAAUUAUAAAGGAUUAAAAGGAUCUGAAAAUAAUUUUUUAACACAACAAAUUUGUGAAAAUAAUUGUCCUGUAUGGGAGAAUCCUUGUCUUGUAGGAGAACCUAUUAUGUUAAGUAAUAAUUUAAAACCAAUGAAUUGUAAUCCUAAAGAUGAAUAUUCAUGUAUUAAUACUCAUUAUUGUCAUGUUGGAAGUUCUAGUAAUACUAAUGUUUGUUGUCCAAAACAAGGAAAUUCUCCCUGUACAUUACCAUUAAUUUAUGGAGUAGGAACAAAUUCAUUAAAAAGAUGGUAUUUUGAUAAUGAAAAAAAUAUAUGUAUACCAUUUUUAUAUAAAGGUUCACGUGGUAAUAUGAAUAAUUUUUUAUGUAUUGAAGAUUGCGAAAAAGCUUGUCUUGUAUAUGUUGAUCCAUGUCCAACUUCUAAAUAUCUUAAUUCUAAUAAACAAAAUUAUAAUUAUUGUUCUUUGUCACAGGGAUGUAGUGGUAAUUCAUGGUGUCAUUAUGGUGGUAAUAAAGAAACUACAUUAUGUUGUCCAAAUGCUAGUGAUCCUUGUAAACAAUCUUUUGGAUAUCAAGGCUAUGGUAAUUUGAAACUUAUAAGAUGGAGUUAUGAUUCAAAAGAACAGAAGUGUAAACAAUUUUAUUAUCAAGGUUUGAAAGGAAAUCAAAAUAACUUUUUAUCAAAAGGAGAGUGCCAAAAAAUUUGUCCUGUUUUUAAUAAUCCUUGUAAAAAAGGUCAACCAUUAAUGGAAAAUGGAAAAGUUGUUACAUGUAAUAGAUAUAAUGAUACAAUUUGUUUAAACAAUAGAUAUUGCCAUUUUGGUGUUGAUAAUAUUAACUAUUGUUGUCCAAUCCUUGGAGGAGAUCCAUGUAAUCAAGUAAUGGAUUGUGGUAUAGGUUCAUCUUCUUUAUCAAGAUGGUAUUGGAAUGUAGCACAACAAAAAUGUAUUCAAUUUACAUAUCUUGGACAAAAAGGUAAUCAAAAUAAUUUUGUAUCUCAACAGGCUUGUGAAAGUGUUUGUUAUGAACUUGAUAAUCCAUGUGCUGGAGGAAAUCCUCAAAUGACAUCAAGUAAUAGACCAUUACAAUGUUCUAUAACAAUAAAUACCUGUGCUUCUAAUUAUUGGUGUCAUUAUGGUGCAACAGUAAAAACAACAUUAUGUUGUCCAAAUAAAGUUCCUGACACUGAAAUUUGUAAAUUACCAAUGGUUGUUGGAACAGGAACUGAUUCACUUCAAAGAUGGUAUUAUGAUCAAAAUACUAAACAAUGUGUUAGUUUUACAUAUUCUGGUAGAUAUGGAAAUCAAAAUAAUUUCUUAAGUCAAGAAGCAUGUCAAAGAACCUGCCAAGUAUAUGAUAAUGUAUGCCCUUCUGGUGAGCCACUUCUUGAUGAGAGUAAAACACCUGUACCUUGUACAUUUGGAUCAGAUUCUUGUGGUUCAAAUCAUUGGUGUCAUCUUGGAACAGUUCCAGGUGAUUACCAAUGUUGUCCAGGACAACCUAGAGAUCCAUCUGCUUGUCAAGGUAUGCCAUCAGAUGUUGGUGUAUUAGGACCAACAGGUCAACCUGUUACUAGAUAUUACUAUGAUCUUGAAACUAUGACUUGCAAAACUUUUCAAUAUCUUGGAAGAAAAGGAAAUGCUAACAAUUUUAUUAGUGAAGAAGAUUGUAAAAUUACAUGCAAUGUUUUUAACAAUCCAUGUAAUAUGAAUAUUCCAUUACCACCAACAUAUUGUACAUCUUCAAGUGGAUGUCCAUCAGAUCAAUGGUGUCAUAUUGGACCAACAGCUUCAUCUUCUGUUUGUUGUCCCUCUGAAGGUAAUCCUUGCCUUCUACCAUUAUCUGUUGGUAAUGGAAAUGUUGCUUUAACAAGAUAUUAUUAUGAUUCUAAUCAAUUUUCUUGUCAACAAUUUACUUAUUCAGGAUCUGGUGGUAAUGCAAAUAAUUUCUUAACUCAACAAGAAUGUGAACAACAAUGUGCUCCAAAUCCUUGUGCAUCAGGAAUGCCAUAUGUUGGUUCUGAUGGAAGAGCUCAAAGUUGUACAUCCUCAGCUAAUGCCAAUUCCUGCCCAGCCAAUUAUUGGUGCCAUAUUGGAGCUGAUGCCACAACAACUGUUUGUUGUCCAAAUAAACAAAAUAAUGUAUGUUCAUUACCAAUGUCUACUGGUGAAGGUAAUGCUGUUCUUGAAAGAUAUUAUUUUGAUCCAAAUUCUAAAAAUUGUCAACCAUUUAUAUAUAAAGGAUUAAAAGGAAAUGAAAAUAACUUUUUAUCAUUACGUGCUUGUCAAUUAGCCUGUCAACAAUUAGAGAAUCCAUGUAUAGGACAACCAGCAACAUCAUUAACGGGACAAGUUUUAUUCUGUUCAGCAACAAAUAAAGAAGCAUGUCCAGUUAAUUUUUGGUGUCAUUUAGGAGCAACUCCUGAAACAACAGUAUGUUGUCCAGGUGCCACAAAUGCAUGUUCUGUUCCAUUAGCUCCAGGAACUGGUGAUGCUGGUUUAGCAAGAUGGUACUAUAGUACAGAUGAAAGAGCAUGUGUUGCAUUUAAAUAUAAUGGAAAAAGAGGUAAUCAAAAUAACUUUUUAAGUCAGGCUGAAUGUGAAAGAACUUGUCCUGAGGAGUUAUGUCUAUUAACAGUUGAUUCUGGUGCUUGUAAUAAUGCAACAACAAGAUAUGCAUUUGACAGGUCAACGCAACGAUGUACAGCUUUUACUUAUUCUGGAUGUGGUGGAAAUGCAAACAACUUUGAAACAAUAACAGAUUGUCUAGAUACAUGUGGAGGAGUUGGUUUCAGAAAGUAG